AAGCAUGCUCUUAACGAAAUUUCCAAAAUGCCCUUCUUGUCUUAUUCUACACAAACAGAUUGGCUCUCCACAAAGGCCGACCUGUCAUGACAUGGUUGGCCCAAAAAAUGGCACAUUAUAUAAUACUUUCUCAAAUAUCUCUCAAUAAUUAACUGUAGUACUGAACUAUAUAUUUUAAAAAGGAAAAAAAAAAUCAUUCCAACCCUAAAAAAUAAACAAUUAUAAAGAAAGGAAGAAAGAAAAUUUAGUUUCAAAUUGACCUUUCCCUUGUCUAAUCACCCCCUGAAAUGUCAACUACAUCAUUCUGGUGACUUCUUUCUUUUCCUUUCCUUUCCUACUUCCCAAACAGUUCAACAUUCACUUCGGCCAUAUAUACAUAUAAAUAUACAACCGAGAUGCAGCGAACCGCUUUCAUCAUUUUAUGAAGCCCACCAAAACCAAACGACAGGGAUAACAAGUCCAGGGGGCCAACCAGAUCGUUUGAAGACACAGACCCUCAUCAAAACAAAAUAUAUGUAUUUAUAUAAAGAAGACUACGAUUGAGUAGUUGUGAAAGCUUUAUAUCUAUAUACAUACAAAUUUAUUGCAGCCAGGAGCUAGCCAUGGCAGAUGAAUUCCAGACGAGUGGAAACUGGUGGGAUUCAUCAAGAACAGCUACGUCUUCUUCCGCUCUCAAUAGCUUGGGAAGCUUCGGUAAUUGGUCCUCAACAACCUCAACAGACAUGGUUGAUAUCAAGUCAAGAUCUUCUUUGGACUCCGGUACAGCUCCUUCCAUGGUUUUCCACGACACCCUGAAGCUCCAACAAGCCCAAGAUUCUUCUUCCGCCGCCGGAGCCGGAGACCACAACUUGCAGAUGAUGAUGGGUUUAGGUCUUUCCUCCCAAGCCAUGGAUUGGAACCAAGCUGCCUUAUUUAGAGGAGAAAAUAAGGCUGCUUCGGAGGCUAGUAGCUUUCGUUCAAUAUUAUUAGAAGAAAACAAUAUGAACUCAUCGAACGGUGGCGGUGGCAACAACUUUCAACAAGAGAUAACUAGUAGUAGUGGUGGAGGGCAACUUCAAUGGAGUAGGCAAGAUCCCAAGCUAUUGUUAUUCCCCGGCGAUUCAACAUCAAACGACACGUCGUUUAAACAAAUGAACCGUGCGACUACUACACCUGGUUUCUCUCUAGAUCACCACCAUCAUCAUCAACCUCAUCACCAUCCUCAUCACGAGUUCAGCCCUCAGUACAGCUCCGGGGACGGCAGCACCGUCACGUGCCAGCAAGGUGGUGGUUUGGCUAAUAAUAAUAAUAACAGUUCGAGUUUUCAGGUGGAUUCUGCUGCUUUGUACGGAAGCCCCUCGGCCAUAUUACUACAAGGACUAUUUGGACCCGACAAUCAAAUUACUACUACUCACUCUAGUUCGUCUAAUUUGGCUUAUAAUUCACCUCCGAAUUAUGGUGUCAUGAUGAGUACAGCUGCUGCUACAACUGCUUCCAAUGAAGUAUUGGCUCCUAUGAAUUCUAGUAAUUGGUCGAGCAACAGUGCCCCUACUAAUAAACUGCCUCAGUUUCUACGAACUUCGCCGCCGAAGCAGCAGCCACCAACGGCUGCCAAUUACAGCCAUUUACAGUUCUCUAACAACGCGCCGUUCUGGAGUGCACCGGAGGCUGCUGCUGCCACCGCCAUUAAGGACGUUAGGUCUAAUUUCUUCUCGACAUUGGCGGCGCAACCGCAGUUUCCGACUAACACUUUCGAUGAAAAACCUAAGAAUAUAUCCGAAGUUAGGGAUCAUCAUCAGUCGGGUGGAGUGAUGGCAAAGAAAAGUGGGAAUGAAGCCGCAUCGAAUAAAAGGCCACGAAACGAUCAAACUCAAUCGCCUUUGCCAGCUUUUAAGGUGAGGAAAGAGAAAAUGGGGGACAGAAUCACUGCCCUCCAACAAUUGGUUUCACCUUUCGGAAAGACUGAUACAGCUUCAGUGCUCUCUGAGGCGAUUGAGUACAUCAAGUUCCUCCAUGAACAAGUUAGUGUUUUAAGCAACCCAUACAUGAAAAGUGGAGCUGCCAUACAGCACCUGCAGAACAAUUCUGACAAAUCUAAGGACUCUGAAGAUCCCAAACAAGACCUUAGAAGCCGAGGACUAUGUUUGGUACCAGUCUCUAGUACUUUCCCUAUGACACAUGAGACUGCAGUUGAUUUUUGGACACCUACAUUUGGUGGCACUUUCAGAUAGAAGAAGAAGAAGAAGAGAACCCUAUUCUCUCUGCUUCAACUAGGUUAUUCAUGUGAAUAUAUAGUAUAUGUUCUAUCAAAAACCCUAGCCAAGUUGGGAAUGAUAGGAUUAAAGAAAAAAUGUAGAAGCAGGAGGAGAGAAAAAAGAGAGACACCCACAUAUUGUAACCGGUCAUGGGGAUCGAUAUGAAAAAAGAUAUAAUAAGUUUCAGUGAAAGAGAAAUGACGAUUCUACCCCCACGGGGACAAUAUGCUAUCCUUGCUGGGCCAGCUACAGGCAAAAUUUUGGCCAAAAUUGGGACCAUUGGGAGCAUAUUAAUUGUUGUAAUAAAAAUUGAAGAAUUAUAUUAUAUGAUUAUAGAGUUGGGUUAGGAACAAGAACAGAUUCUGAGCUUAGGGAAAAGUUUUAAUUCUUCUUUUUUGUGUAUUUAUUAGUAUUAUUAUAUAUAUUGUUAGAGGUCAUUUAUUAAACCACUCAUCAAUAAGAAAAGAAAAAGGAAAUUUAUGUGAA